AUGACGUCCGGGGAAGCCAUUCUUGAUGUCGCCAAUAAGCUGCUGACACCAAAAGGCCUGAAAGCCACAACAUACGAAAUUCUCCAAAAUCUCUGGGCUGGGUAUGGACACAUCGCUCGUCUUCAGGUUGAGCCUAUUGAUGGAAUUGUGUCUCAAACACCAGACGAUAGACACGCGAAGCAAUCUCUCAUUCUGAAAAUUGUCACACCUCCAUAUCAAAAUGGCAAGAACGAAAGACAAGUCGACGAAGGGCAUCUCCGAAAACUCAUCUCUUAUCAAGUCGAGCAACGAUUCUAUACGAACUUUGCGCCCGACCUGCCUUUGAGUCUAGCUCCUGUUGCAAGUUGUGUCGCCAGUAUUAGUGAAACAAGCAAUGCUGCAGAGCCGACCAUAGCAAUGAUCUUGACCGAUCUACGGGAGAAGUUCCCUGUGGAAGGAGAGAAACGGGGCGAGUUGAAUGAGACGCAGGUGUAUGCUGCUCUGAGGUGGCUUGCUGGGUUUCAUGGGUUCUGGUGGCAGAGGACAGGGUCCAUAGACAGGAAGGAGAUGAGGCUGCCGCCGUUGGAAGAAGCCACGGUAAAUGGGGAGCAUAGGAGAGAUGGGUUAUGGUUGAACGGUGGAUAUACAUACCUCGCCACCCGCCAGAAAGAAUACAAAUCUCUCCGGGAAGAUACAAGCUCAGAAUGGAGCAGCGCGUUAUGCACUCCAGUCCCCGAAAGCGAAACCGGCCUCAGUAUGGCCGAACUCGUGGCCCAAAUCCUAUCGCCCUCCGUCCAUUCCUCUCCAUCAUCUCCGAUUCAGCAAUACGAGACCCUCAUCCACGGCGACGUCAAGUCCGAGAACCUCUUCACCACGACGUCAGGCUCUAAAGUAGCCUUCUUCGACUUCCAAUACGUGGGUCUGGGUCUAGGCGUCUGCGAUCUCGCCAAAUUGUUUACUUGCUCGGUGCCGGAGUCGCUUCUCACAUCACAGAUUCCAUCGCACUUGGACAUGCAGGAGGGCGAACGCCAGCUUUUAGAAUACUAUCGGGACGCUCUCGAAGGCAUCUCAGGCAGGAAGUACCCUUGGGAGGACUUGGUAAUGCACUGGAAGACAGCAAUUGUAGACUGGCAUAGAUUCCAAGUGAGCUGGGGUCAAUGGGGCAACAGUGAGUGGUUAGAAGCGAGAGUGAGGCACAUCCUCAGAGAUCAGAAGUGGAGAGAAUGCGCAAUUAAAGCUGCAGAGCAGAAGUCGUGA